CUGGGAGGUUGGGCGCUGUGUCUGGAGCAGGAGGCCCCUCUCCACUGCCUCUCAUUGGGCUCAUUCUGGCAGGGAUUUACUGGAGUAGCUGCGCACGUCGACCGAACCGCUGUCCAACCCCCCCAUUUCAGCGAUCCAUAAGGCAGCUGUGGAAAAUUCUCCAUGAAUGUACGUCACAAUGAUGAUGACCGACCAAAUCCCACUGGAACUGCCACCCUUGCUGAAUGGGGAGGUCCCGAUGAUGCCACAUAUAGUGAAUGGAGAUGGCUCACAGCAGGUCAUACUAGUUCAGGUUAACCCGGGAGAAACCUUCACCAUAAGAGCAGAGGAUGGAACACUACAAUGCAUUCCAGGUCCCGCAGAGGUCCCCAUGAUGUCUCCUAAUGGAUCUAUUCCACCAAUACACGUACCACCUGGUUACAUCUCACAGGUGAUGGAAGACAGCACAGGGGUUCGGCGAGUAGUGGUCACUCCUCAGUCUCCAGAUUGCUAUCCUCCCAGCUAUACUUCGGCCAUCUCUCCAACUCACCAUUUACCGCCUUACCUUGCACAUCACCCACAUUUUCUUCAUAACUCGCAUUCACCAUUCUACCCACCAGUUACUGGUCCGGGAGACAUACCUCCCCAGUACUUCCAACAUCAUCUCCCACAUACAAUAUAUGGGGAGCAAGAAAUCAUACCACUGUACGGGAUGUCCAGCUACAUCACACGAGAAGACCAGUAUUGUAAGCCACAGCACAAAAAACUCAAAGAAAGACAAAUUGACAGACAAAACAGACUCAACAGUCCACCAUCCACUCUCUACAAAAGCCAUCUCGGAAACUGUACUGCCGUCUACAAUGGCAAUGGGAAAACCCACAACGGUGCUGGCUGUGGAGGAGUUAGCGGAAUAACUGGAUUAAAGAAAAUAGAACGCAGAGCACGAAGCAGUCCAAAGUCCAAUGAACAAGAUGCACAAGAGUAUGAAUCGGAAGUAAAAAAGACACAUGAAGUCCUUUCAGGGAUCGAGAAGCUAAUGGUUUCCAACAUUCAGUCGAGAACAGCUUUAGUCACAUGGUCUCCUCCCAGUGGUUACAUAAAUGUAGAAAAGCACAGCAAUGGUCUCUCUUAUGCCUGUAGUUAUGAAGUUGCCUUAUCAGACAAAGGGAGAGAUGGAAAGUACAAGAUUGUUUACAGCGGAGAGGAAUUAGAGUGUCACUUGAAAGACCUCAGGCCCGCAACAGAUUAUCAUGUCAGAGUUUAUGCCAUGAAUAAGAAUGUAAAGGGAUCCUGCUCCGAGCCCAUCAGCUUCACCACCCACAGCUGUGCACCUGAUUGUCCUUUUCCACCCAAACUCUCCCACAGAAGUAAAAGCUCAUUGACAUUACAAUGGAAGGCACCAGUUGAUAAUGGUUCAAAAAUCACCAGCUACAUUCUACAGUGGUAUGAGGGAAAAAGAAGUAGUGUGUUUAAGGAAUGUUAUAUGGGAAACCAAAGGCACUACAAGCUGACAAAGCUGUGUCCAGCUAUUGGCUACACGUUCAGAGUAGCAGCUUGCAACAAUAUUGGUAAAAGUGAAUAUAGCCAAGAAGUUGUUUACUAUACAGCAGGCAACAUCCCUCAGACGCCAUCUGCACCAAAGCUGAUCCGUGCUGGAAUUACAUGGAUAACUCUGCAGUGGAUGAAGCCAGAAGGAUGUUUCCCAGAUGAGGUGGUUUCUUACACCCUGGAGAUUCAGGAGGAUGAUGACAGUGUAUUUCAACCCACCUACACUGGAGAAGAAUUAACAUGUACUGUGAAUAGUCUCCAAAGAAGCACACAAUAUAAAUUUAGGCUUAUUGCCUCUAAUGUUGAAGGAAGUAGCAGCCCAAGUGAAAUUUUGGUCUGCACAACAAGCCCAGAUAGGCCAGGACCUCCCUCUCAACCUGUUGUAAAGGGCAUUAUCACUGCACAUGGAUUUACUGUUCAAUGGGAUCCUCCAGAAGACAAUGGAGGUUCUGAAAUCCUGAAAUACUUAUUAGAGAUUUCUGAAGGCACUUCUGAAGCAACGCAAUGGAAGGUGGCAUACAGUGGGUCUGCAACAGAUUACACAUGUAAAGACUUGAAACCAGGCACUUUAUAUAAACUGCGCAUCUGCUCCAUUAGCACGGGUGGACACAGUCAGUGUUCUGAAAGUCAGCCUAUUCGCACAUUAAGUGUAGCACCAGGACCUUGUCAACCGCCAAGGGUUGUAGGCAAACCAAAGCAUAAAGAAGUGCAGUUACAAUGGGAUGUCCCAGAGACAGAGUCUGGAUGCCAGGUAAUGGAGUACAGUUUGGAGCUUUCUUUACCUGGAGAAGAUGGCACUGAGGUCUAUCACGGCCAAGAAGUAGAGUGCACUGUCAGUGAUCUUCUUCCUGGAUCAACAUACCAUUUUAUAGUACGGGCUUUGAAUGAUGGAGGAUAUGGGCCGUACUCAGACGCCACAGAAAUCACAACUGCUGCAGGGCCACCCGCACAAUGCAGGCAACCUUCGCUGGCAUUCCUGUCUGACACGUGUGUGCUUAUAAGCUGGCAGAGUCCUGAAAGUAAUGGGGCGGAUAUCUCAUCAUACAGACUACAAUGGGCAAAGGAAGAAGAGAGCCCAGAGUUAGUUUACAGUGGCACAGAUACCAGUUUUCAAAUAUCUGAAUUAUCACCAGCAACAAAUUACUGCUGUAGACUUCAGGCUGUCAAUUUAUCUGGUGUUGGGCCUUUCAGCGAUUUAGUGACCUGCAGAACACCAGCAUCCGUACCAGACACAGUUUCUAACCUUUACGUAACGGAUGAUGCCCAUAUAGAAACAUGCACAAUCUUAACCUCAGUGCGCCUUAUGCUAAGUUGGGAAGAACCAUGCAGCAAUGGAUCGGAAAUCAUUUCUUACAACAUUGAUUUGGGAGAUGUUUGCAUCUCAGUCGGGAAUGUGACUAGUUACGUCAUCGAGGAUCUACAGCCAGAAACAAGCUAUCAACUACGAGUACAGGCAGUGAAUGAAAUUGGAGCGGGACCUUUCAGUCAUACAAUUAAUGUAAAAACCAGCCAGCUUCCGCCAUUGCCUCCGCGGUUAGAGUGUACGGCUGCAGGACCUCAGAGCCUCAAAUUAAAAUGGGGGGAGAGCAGCACAAAGUCACAGUCUUCAGAUGAUAUAAUCUUCAUUCUUCAGCUUGAAGACAAAAACAAAAGAUUUCUUCCCAUCUAUAGAGGACCAAGUCACACCUACAAGGUACAGAGGCUGAUGGAGUGCACGUGUUACAGUUUCCGAAUUCAGGCUGUAAAUGAUGCUGGGGAAGGACCAUAUUCUGACAUCUGUAAAUUCAGCACAACUAAAUGUGUUCCUCCAACCAUUAAAGCACCCCGGGUAACCCAGUUGGAGGGGAACACAUGUGAAAUCACAUGGGAGACAGUAUUGCCUAUGAAAGGAGAUCCAAUUGGAUACAUAUUGCAAGUACAAGUUGGACGAGAGUCUGAAUACAAACAGAUAUACAAAGGAGAAGACUCAUCAUUCCAAAUCUCAGGCCUUCAAAACAAUAUGGAAUACAGGUUUCGAGUGUGUGUAUGUCGUCGAUGCCUGGAUACUUCACAGGAACUCUGUGGAUCUUUUAGCCCAUCUGUGUCUUUCAUUACGAGAAGGAACGAUCUCAUGCUACCUGGGGACGUAUCACACAGCGACCGUACAAAACUCAAGGGCAUGAUGCCCACUGAUGAACAGUUUGCCAUUCUCAUUGUUUUAGGUUUUGCAACAUCAUCUGUUCUAUUUGCAUUUAUACUUCAGUACUUCUUUAUGAAGUAAACAUCCAACACAAAUUUGAGGUAAAAAAACAAAACAAAGUUAACUAAUGCUACGCAUUAUAACCCAGAAAUUUAUUCAAAUAUUCCUUUUACAAAAAAAACAAAAAAAAACAUUUUAAUUUCUACAUUUUAUACUCAUAUUUUUUACGGUUUCAAACUAGCUACAUUCUCAGUGUUUUGAUGCACCUUUUUUGAAAUGCAAUCUUUAAAAAGCAUAAGUAUAUAGUCCUGGGUUUACUAUGGAGGCCUGUCUAAUGGUGUGGGAAAAGAAGGCUUGUGCAAGUCCUUCAGUUAUUUACAGUAUUUUUAGUAUCAAACUUAAAUACAUUAAUUGUUUUUAUUUCUAAUAAAUGGAUGUAUCUGUCACAAAAUGUAAGCAUACUCAGUAUAUUUAUCAUUACCAUUGGUAAACCAUCACAAUAGAUUAUAUAUCAUCCCCACUAAAACUAUUUACGUUUAUAGUAAUGAUGCCACUUUUAUUAAUUAAAUUAUAAUCACGUUUCCCUUAAGAGCGGCCUGUUUGUCCAAUCUGACGAUCUACUAACCUGUCAAUCUUCAUAUUCCUAAACCAUACCUACUUCCUGUUCCAAAACCAAGCAUUUUAAUGCCAAGUUCAAUUUUAAAUUGCGAUUUUAUAUCAUAUGAUUUCAAUACCAUAAAGCCUUAAACACUUAUUGCAAGGACAACUCAAUGCACACUUUUUUUUUUUUUUUUUCUUUAAUGGUGAUAUAAGGGCGAUGUGCAAUAGUUUUAGCUCUGUUUAUAUCAACCAUUUAAAUACUGCUUGACAUUCCUAACCAUAUUGCCACAGUUUACUUCUUUACAUUUUUUAUUUUAGCCAUAUGUUUUAAACCCAACACCAGUUAAAUGUGUUUCAAUUCAAAACAAUUGCAAUAUGUCUUUCCACUUUCUAAUGAGAUACGUUUUGGGCAAUUGUGUUAAAACCAUAAAUGGCAAAAUAUGGAAAUGAAAUGAGUUCUCUAUGAUACAGUCUUCUCUUUUAAUCAAAAAUAAUGUGUAUACAAUGCCAAUAAUUCACAUUAUUGAUCUCUAUAAUUCACAUUAUCUGUCUCUAAUGAGCAAUAUACUUAAUCACACAGAGUUUUAUGUACAAUAUAGAGGAUUCUAUGUUUAAACACAUAUUCUGAAGAAACAAAUAUUGACUAACUCAAUGCAGAGGAAAAUAGAGCUGUAUGGGGUUUAUAAUGACUCUGUCAUCUGACACCAAACAAA